AUGGAGGAGGAGAUGCAGCCGGCGGAGGAGGGGCCCAGCGUCCCCAAAAUCUACAAGCAGCGCAGCCCCUACAGCGUCCUCAAGACGUUCCCCAGCAAGAGACCGGCGCUGGCCAAGCGCUACGACAGACCCACCCUGGUGGAGCUGCCGCACGUCCGGCCGCCGCCGCCGCCGCCCCCGCCGCCCUUCGCGCCGCACGCCGCGGUCUCCAUCAGCAGCAGCGAGCCGCCGCCGCCGCAGCAGCAGUUCCAGACGCAGAGCUCCUACCCCCCCGGGCCCGGCCGGGCCGCCGCCGCCGCCUCAUCGUCGUCUCCAUCGUGCACGCCCGCCGCGUCCCAGGGCCACCUGAGGACUCCGGCGCCGCCGCCGGCGUCCCCCGCCGCCUCUUCAUCCUCGUCCUUCGCCGCCGUCGUCAGGUAUGGCCCGGGCCCGGCGGCCGCAACGGGCAGCAGCAGCGCAGGCAGCGACGGCGCCAGCCUGGAGCUCAGUGCAGAAAGUCGAAUGAUCUUGGAUGCCUUUGCCCAGCAAUGCAGUCGAGUUCUUAGUCUCUUAAAUUGUGGAGGAAAGCUUCUGGACUCCAACCAUUCCCAAUCCAUGAUUUCUUGCGUAAAGCAGGAAGGCUCGAGUUAUACUGAAAGACAGGAGCAGUGUCCCAUCGGGAAAGGGGUCCACAGUCAGACCUCAGAUACCAUAGACGUAGACAUGCAAUAUAUGCAAAGGAAACAACAGACUUCUGCCUUUUUGAGGGUUUUCACUGAUUCCCUACAAAAUUACCUGCUCUCGGGGAGCUUCCCGACUCCAAACACCUCAUCGGUCAGUGAGUACGGCCACCUGGCCGACGUGGAUCCUCUGUCAACCUCCCCCGUGCAUACGCUAGGUGGCUGGACCUCCCCGGCGACCUCUGAAUCCCAUGGUCACCCAUCCUCUUCUACUCUGCCAGAGGAGGAGGAAGAGGAGGAAGAGGAAGGCUACUGUCCGAGAUGCCAAGAGCUGGAGCAGGAGGUUAUUUCACUGCAACAAGAAAAUGAAGAGCUCAGACGGAAAUUAGAGAGCAUCCCAGUGCCCUGCCAGACCGUCUUAGAUUACCUGAAGACCCUGCUGCGGCACCACAACCAGCUCCUGGCCCCUCAGCCUGCCGACCAGCCAGCCGAGGGGAGCAAGCAGCUGCUGAACAACUAUCCUGUCUACAUAACGAGCAAACAGUGGGACGAGGCUGUAAAUUCUUCCAAGAAAGACGGGAGGCGGCUCCUUCGAUACCUCAUCAGAUUUGUUUUCACAACCGAUGAGCUUAAGUACUCAUGCGGCCUUGGGAAAAGGAAAAGGUCAGUGCAGUCAGGAGAGACAGGUCCUGAAAGACGCCCUCUGGAUCCAGUUAAAGUAACAUGCCUCCGAGAAUUCAUUAGGAUGCACUGUACCUCCAACCCCGACUGGUGGAUGCCCUCGGAGGAGCAGAUCAACAAAGUGUUCAGCGACGCUGUGGGGCACGCCCGGCAGGGGCGGGCGGUGGGGACUUUCCUGCACAAUGGCGGCUCGUUUUACGAAGGGAUCGAUCACCAGGCUUCCCAGGAUGAGGUCUUCAAUAAAAAUUCUCAGGAUGGGUCUGGGGAUUAG